GCCUAUAAAAGCGGUCAAGUUCAUCCAGAGUCUGCAUCGAGCUCACAGUCGACACUCGACAAGCGCACUCUCGAUACCUCACGGCAAAAUGUUCCCCGCAGCGGUUCUCCUCGCGUUCUCCUUCUUGGCGACCGCCUACGCUCAGCAGGCCGGCACCCUCACGACCGAGACCCACCCUCGCCUCACGGUAUCGCAAUGCACGUCGGCCAACAACUGCCAGCAGCAGCAGCGCUCCAUCGUGCUCGACUCUAACUGGCGCUGGCUCCACGCCACCAGCAGCAGCACCAACUGCUACACCGGCAACAGCUGGGACGAGUCGCUCUGCCCCGACCCCGUUACCUGCGCGCAGAACUGCGCUCUCGACGGUGCCGACUACGCUAACACCUACGGUAUCACCACCAACGGCAACUCGCUCACGCUCAAGUUCGUGACCCAGUCGGCCCAGAAGAACGUCGGCUCCCGUGUCUACCUCCUCUCCUCGGACGACACCACCUACGAGUUGUUCCAGCUCAAGAACCAGGAGUUCACUUUCGACGUCGACAUGUCGAACCUCCCUUGCGGUCUCAACGGCGCUCUCUACUUCGUCGAGAUGGACGCCGACGGUGGCAAGUCCCGCUUCCCCAACAACAAGGCUGGCUCCAAGUACGGUACCGGUUACUGCGACACCCAGUGCCCGCAAGACAUCAAGUUCAUCAACGGCGAGGCUAACAUCCUUGGCUGGACGGGCUCCGCGUCCGACCCCAACUCUGGCACUGGCCAAUACGGUACCUGCUGUAACGAGAUGGACGUCUGGGAGGCCAACAUGAACGGUGCUGCCGUCACCCCCCACGUCUGCAGCGUCCAGGGUCAGACCCGUUGCUCGGGCACCCAGUGCGGCGAAGGCGACGAACGCUACGACGGCAUCUGCGACAAGGACGGCUGCGACUUCAACUCGUGGCGCUUGGGCAACGAGACCUUCCUCGGGCCCGGCCUCACCGUCGACACCCGCCAGAAGGUCACCGUCGUCACCCAGUUCCUCACGAACAACAACCAGACCUCGGGCUCGCUCUCCGAGAUCCGCCGCCUCUACGUCCAGAACGGCAAGGUCAUCGCCAACUCGAAGACCAAUAUCCCCGGCAUGGCCACGUUCGACUCGAUCACCGACGAUUUCUGCAACGCGCAGAAGCAGGCGUUCGGCGACACCAACACCUUCGAGUCCCUCGGUGGCCUCGCCCAGAUGGGCAACGCGUUCCAGCAGGGCAUGGCUCUCGUCAUGAGUAUCUGGGACGACCAUGAGGCUGGCAUGCUCUGGCUCGACGCAGACUACCCCACUGACGUCCCCGCGACCAACCCUGGUGUGUCCCGUGGCCCUUGCUCGGCCACCUCCGGUGACCCCACCACCGUCGAGUCGCAGAGCGCCAGUGCCUCCGUCACCUUCUCGAACAUCAAGUUCGGCCCCAUCGGCUCGACUUACUAAAGGGUGUCCGAGCAGCAGUGAUAGAGGUGCGACGGUUGACGUACUAGAGUGAAAAGGAACGUGUAACCUAGCGAGCUCGUGGUUUUAGGGUUUUAUACAAUGUUUUUGCAUGUAUUGUCGAAGCGCUUGC